UAGCAAAGUGCAAAUAGCCAAACACCUCUUAGUUUUGGCUCCCUAAAUUUAAAACCUUCAUAAACCCUAAUAAAAUAGAACCCAAAUCUACACAAACUUGUGUCUGUAAUCUCUAUCCGAAUUGAACAUGGAGGACAGAGAAACAGAGAUGAAAGAGAAGCUAGAAUCAAAAAUAGGCAAAUUACACAGUGCCCAGAUGGAUCUUAUUGCUUCUCUUCAAGUUCAAGUCCCUGAUAUCGUUUCUGAAAUUGAUCUUUCACUCAAAGUCAUAUCUUCUUAUGGUGGUAAGCCUUAUACACCUUUAGCUAAAACCCCACUUCCAAUUCCUACUAAACCCCCCAAGAUAGCAAAAACCCAGUUCAAAUCUGUGCUGAAUUUGAAGAAUGAGGUUGUUUCGCAGUCUUCUGGGGCGAAACAAGAGAGUUUUAAGGGUUUGAGUAAGUCGAAUGAGGUUCCGGGUGGUGGGGAUGGGGAAAGAUUGAGUCUCGAUAGGAUUGGGGGUGGGGGUAAGAGUUCGCUGUCAAUUGUUAGGUAUAUGGUGGCUGUUUGUUUGUUGGAGAGGGUUCCGUUUACGCCUAUCGAUUCAUCGACUGUGUUGAUGAAAUUGGAGAAUAAUGUUAGUGGGAGUAAUGAGGAGAAGGCUGCGUUGAGGGAGUUGGGUGGGGAUUCAGGGGGGAUUGUUGGUGUGGAAAAGGCGUUGAGGUCAAUAGCAGAGGAGAAUGGUGGGGUGGAGUUGGAGGAGUUUGUUGUGAGUGGAAAGUCCAGGGUUAUGGUUGUGGAGAUUGAUAGGGUGAGGUUGGUUAAGGAGUUGCCGGAGAGUAAACAACAGGCUGUUAAGAAUGAGGGGAAUUUGAGUCAGGGUCAGCAGGCAGCGACAAUAGGAGGGGGAGGGGGUGAGUUUAAUAAUAAUAAUAAUGGGAUGUUUGGAAUGGGGGGGCCGAUGGGUAGGGCUCCGGAUGUGUGGAUGGGACCUGGGGAUCCGCAUUUUCCAGGAAUGCCGCCGAUGUUUCCUGGGAGUGGAGGUCCAGGUGCAAUGAUGGGUCCAAGGGGUGGACCAAGAGGAAUGGCGGGAAUGAUGAUGCAUAGGCCUCCAAUGGGUCCUAAUGGACAAUUUGGUGGACCUAGUCCGACUUCCAUAAAACCCAGGAGUGAAGAAGAUGAUUUGAAGGAUCUUGAAGCAUUACUUAAUAAGAAGUCCUUUAAGGAAAUGCAGAAAUCGAAAACUGGAGAGGAGUUGUUGGACCUCAUUCAUCGACCUACUGCCAAGGAAACUGCUGUCGCGGCUAAGUUUAAAAGCAAAGGCGGUUCCCAAGUAAAGGAGUAUUGCUCAGCUCUUACCAAAGAAGAUUGUAGGCGUCAAUCUGGUUCCUUUUUUGCGUGUGAGAAGGUUCAUUUUCGGCGCAUAAUUGCCCCUCAUACUGAUGUUAAUCUCGGGGACUGCUCCUUUCUGGAUACAUGCCGACACAUGAAGACUUGUAAGUAUGUUCAUUACGAGCUGGACUCAACUCCAGAUAUAUCACAAGUGAUGAUGGGUAUACCUCAAAAGACACUCAAGCCUCAACGUGCCGAAUAUUGUUCAGAAGUUGAGCUUGGUGAAUCGCAGUGGAUAAACUGUGACAUUCGUAACUUCAGAAUGGAUAUCUUAGGCCAAUAUGGAGUUAUAAUGGCAGAUCCACCGUGGGACAUUCAUAUGGAAUUGCCUUAUGGAACUAUGGCGGAUGAUGAAAUGCGUACCCUUAAUGUUCCUGCUUUGCAGACUGAUGGUUUGAUAUUUCUUUGGGUAACUGGACGGGCAAUGGAGCUUGGACGAGAAUGUCUAGAACUUUGGGGGUAUAAGCGCGUGGAAGAGAUCAUCUGGGUGAAAACUAAUCAACUUCAGCGAAUAAUCAGAACAGGACGCACAGGCCAUUGGCUCAAUCAUAGCAAGGAGCAUUGCCUUGUUGGAAUAAAAGGAGAUCCAAUUGUGAAUAGGAACAUCGAUACUGAUGUAAUUGUUGCUGAGGUUCGAGAAACAAGCCGCAAGCCAGACGAGAUGUACCCGAUGCUCGAGAGGAUAAGCCCAAGGACAAGAAAGCUAGAGCUGUUUGCUCGAAUGCAUAACACACAUGCAGGGUGGAUGUCACUAGGUAAUCAGCUGAAUGGAGUCCGGUUGGUUGAUGAAGGGCUUCGAGCAAGGUUCAAAGCUGCAUAUCCAGAGGUUGAGGUCCAACCUCAGUCUCCUCCUAGGGCUUCUGCCAUGGAAGUGGACUCUAGUGCGCCUCAACCACGAAAUAUGUUUAAAGGGGGUGAAUCAACAUCAACAUCAGCACAGUUUGCAGAUGAUAGAGCUCCAGAGGCAGCCUAUGCCCCUGACAAAAAACCAGUAAAUGUUGAUGCGGAGAUGACAAGCUAACGACUGAUUUCCUUCACAAUAGUAGGUCGUGACUUUUGGGCCUUCAAAAUAGUGGGUCGUGGCUUUUGGGAGUUUCAAGCAGCAACCUGCAUAAGAUGUUAACAGACCUUUAUACAACAAGGAUGACCUAAACAGAAAUUGAUAAUCAUUCUAUGUACAAGGUUGCCAGUCGCUGUUUUGGCUGCUAAAUGUGAAUUAUGUUGUUAGAUUAAAUUUGUUGUGCCAAUAGAUCGACCUUAUGUCCGUCCGAUGGAAUUGGAACCUACCAAGAGGCUUUCUGUUUAGCACAAUUAAUUAAAAGGCUGUUGUAUCAUCUCUGUAAAUUACACAGGAACUGCUAAUGGUGCUCUGCUUAUUGGCCUUUUGAUGCCUUAUAGAUAUUAUUGUCACUUUUGUGGUGCCUUUUUGUCCUAA